AUGGCAACAACCACAACAACAAGCAACACCAUCGUCGAACCGAACCUCCUCCAUGAAACAGCCACCCACCAACUCCGCGCCUACUCCACCCAAGCCUCCGGCCCAACCUACCACCUCCGCAUCCUAGAAUCCGUAAAAGAAGAUCACCGCGAGAUAACCUCCUGUGGCGAGCAAAUUCUGCAAUCAAACGACGCAGAUGAACAGACGAGGGCCCAGAAUAUGUUCACCUGGGAACUAGCCAGACAUGCGGUUGCCGAGGAGUUGGUGGUGUACCCUGCUAUGGAGAGGUAUCUUGGGGCUGGGUGGGGGAGGGAAGUGGCUGAGAGGGAUAGGGGGGAGCAUCAAGGGAUCAAGAAUAAGCUACACACCUUUCAGACCCUCAAACCCUCCGACCCGCGCUUUCGUCCAACCCUCCAAUCCUUGUUAGCGGACUUUAGAACCCACGCCCACGGGGAAGAAACUACCGACAUCCCCGCGCUCGACAGAAAACUCUCGCAGGAAGAAUCUGUUGGGUUGUCACGGGCCCUUGAUCGCACGAAGAUGUUCGUGCCGUCGAGGAGCCAUCCUGGGGCGCCGAGUAAGGGGCCGUUUGAGAGCGCGGUGGGAUUGAUGAUGGCGCCGAUGGAUCUGCUGGGGGAUUUGUUUCGGAAGUGGCCGGGACAUUGA